CUGGACUGAAAUAUAUUCAGAUGACAGUGGAGCCAGAAGUCUCAUUAAUAACUCAUCUGGGAGUUUGCUUGAACUCCACUGACACAAAGCGAUCAUUGUGGGACUGAAUAACCAGACAGAUCUCUUCAUGGACAGAAACACAGCCUUCCUCCUGUCUGCUGGCAACCGUAGCCUCACUAACACCACCUGUUCCCGGGACAAUGUUUUGAAGACAGUGGUUUUUCCUAUUCUUUACUCCUUCUUGUUCCUGGUGGGGAUAAUACUCAAUGCUGUUGCAGCGUGGGUGUUUUUACGCAUUCCCUCACGGUCUCAUUUCAUUAUAUACCUGAAGAAUAUUGUGGUUGCAGACAUCAUCAUGACUUUUACCUUCCCCUUCAAGGUGUUGUCAGAUUCAAACAUGGCUUCCAUUGGACUUCGUAUUUUCGUAUGCCGGGUUUCGUCAGUGCUCUUCUACCUUACCAUGUAUAUCAGCAUCCUCUUCUUCGGCCUCAUCAGCAUUGAUCGCUGCAGAAAGACCCUAAAGCCCUUCAGAGGGACUAACGCAGCCAGGCUGACUCGACGGAAGAUCCUUUCUGGAGUCAUCUGGGGUUUUCUACUUGUUCUCUGUCUGCCCAAUGUGAUCCUAACCAGUAAAACCCCAAAGUCACCAUACUUCAAGUGCAGCGACCUGAAGACCAAGGCCGGCCUUUACUGGCAUGAGGUGGUUAAUCAUGUCUGUCAAGUUAUUUUCUGGGGUAAUCUGGCGACUGUGAUAGUGUGCUACACACUAAUCACUAAAGAACUUUACAAAUCCUACUCCCGCACCAAGUCCCACAACACUGGAGGGACUAUAUGUAGAGCACCUAGCAGGACAACAACAAAUAGGCCUCACCAGGCUAAAAGAAAAAUGAAUGCAAAUGUGUUUCUAGUUCUGGCAGUGUUCUUUGUGUGUUUUGUGCCGUUUCACUUUGCCCGAGUGCCGUACACCAUAAGCCAGACCCGAGGAAUCUUUGACUGCAAACUCAAACUCUUCUUUUUUCAGCUCAAGGAGAGUACGCUCUUCCUCUCAUCUCUAAACUCUCUUCUGGACCCUCUGAUUUACUUCUUUCUCUGUAAAUCCUUCAGGACCACCUUGUUCAAGACCCUGAGGCUGCCGGAUGGUACAUGUAGCUGGUUAACCGGUAGAGGGUCAGACACAGAUACAGGCAGUAGCCCUCUGAGAGACUCCACUGCCUGCACAUAAAGCCCCUGGAAAUGAAAAAGACUUAAGCUGUGUGGCAGAUAAACACACAUGUUCUGGUGGCAGUUUGUAGAAUAUACAUUCACAACAUCCUCCAGGUGGAAAUAGGACCAAGUGUGGUUUGGGUUGACAGCCGAGGACGUACAACUGGUGACAUACGAGGUUGGAUAUUUCCUCUGACUCACUGUGCUGAUUGAAAUUUUCCUUAUACAAAACUGUUUUUAAAAACUUCCAAGCUCCUAAGUAAUCAUCUACAUUUUAUUUUUUAUUCUUUUGUCAAUACAGAAUCUAGGUUUUAUCAAAGUUUUAACUUCUGCAUGUGAUUUUUGUAUCUUUCUGUUGUCUUUCCAGUAAAACACACACACAAAAUUGAAGAAAAAGUACAUGACACAGUUUUAACUACAAUAUAUAAAACUAUCACUCCUUAAGUGUUACAUGUUUUCUGUCAGUACACUAUGAUUUUUAUUGUUUUCGUACGUGAGGAUGAUGCAGUUCACCAGACUGGACUGAGCUCUCAUGAUAUCCAAGCCACUGGGAUUGUACCAUAAACUGUAUGCAUAUAUUUACCUGCCAAGUUCACUGAUAUAUUUCAGCAGUUGGAAAAGGAGAGUACCUAGAGGAUACUGUAUGGAGUAUUUUCCAACUGCAUGCUUUGUCUUGCAAAAAUGAAUUAUGAAACCAAUGUGACUGAAAUAAAUAUGUAAUGACAGAUUUAA